AUGUUUGAAAGGCAGUUUCCCUUACUAAUGCCACAAAAUGAAUAUAUUGAAUUACACCGUAAACGCUAUGGAUAUCGUCUGGAUUACCAUGAGAAAAAAAGAAAGAAAGAAAGCCGAGAGGCUCAUGAACGGUCAAAGAAGGCAAAAAAAAUGAUUGGCCUGAAGGCUAAGCUCUACCACAAACAGCGCCAUGCUGAGAAAAUACAAAUGAAAAAGACCAUCAAGAUGCAUGAAAAGAGAAACACCAAACAAAAAGAUGAUGAGAAGACUCCUCAGGGAGCAGUACCUGCCUAUUUGCUGGACAGAGAAGGACAGUCCCGAGCAAAAGUACUAUCCAAUAUGAUUAAACAAAAACGGAAAGAGAAGGCGGGAAAGUGGGAAGUCCCUCUGCCAAAAGUUCGGGCCCAGGGAGAAACAGAAGUAUUAAAAGUUAUUCGUACAGGAAAGAGGAAAAAGAAGGCAUGGAAGAGGAUGGUUACUAAAGUCUGCUUUGUUGGAGAUGGUUUUACAAGAAAGCCUCCUAAAUAUGAAAGGUUCAUCAGACCAAUGGGCUUACGUUUCAAGAAGGCCCAUGUAACACAUCCUGAACUGAAAGCCACCUUUUGCCUGCCAAUACUUGGUGUGAAAAAGAAUCCCUCAUCCCCACUGUAUACAACUUUGGGUGUCAUUACCAAAGGGACAGUCAUUGAAGUGAACGUGAGUGAGCUGGGCCUAGUGACACAAGGAGGCAAGGUUAUUUGGGGUAAAUAUGCCCAGGUUACCAACAAUCCUGAAAACGAUGGAUGUAUAAAUGCAGUCUUACUGGUUUGACAGACAUUUCAAACAAGUAAUUACAAUUUUUGAAGACUACAAACCAAUCAGGAAAACCACCAUCAUUGUGUUGUUUCUGAGUGCUAUCAAAUAGCCUUACUUAGCUGAAAUCAACAAAACUAGUUACGAAAUUGUAAAAAAAAAA